UUAACUCGACAACUAGUUGUUCCCUCUACUUUUUUAAAAAUCAAGAAAAAAAUAGUUAAGCCAUACUCGACUUCUUUUCAAGAGUAUAAAGAGCCUUCGACAACUCCAGUAUCAUUGCAGUAGUCCUUCAAUCAUUCGUUAAGAUGAUUAAGUUUGUGAUUAUUUUUAGCAUUGUUGUUAUUGCAACUGGACAGAGUACGUCCAGUAGUGAAACGAAAAAACACAAACGCAGUAUUUUUGAAGACGUCAGGAUAGUAAGUCCUGUUUCCAGUUACGGAAGUGGUUAUCCAUGGACUCGUAGUAAAAAUUUAUUAAAAGUUUUAAAAAUUCCAGCGGAUUUAUUACCGACGCGUAGUGUAGUAAGUUAUGGUACUGAAGUAAGGCCUACAAGUCCACCAUUGGUUAUAACAAAACAUACAAUCGUUGAGAAACAAGUUCCUGUGCCGGGUAAACCAGUAAUUUUGGAAAAACAAGUUCAUGUACCAAUCCACGUACCUGUUCAUGUGCCAAUACAUGUUCCUGUUGAAAAACUUGUCCCUAUAACGAUUGAAAAAUCAGUACCGUUCCCUAUAACUCAGAUUGUUCCAUACCCAGUUGAUCGCGCAGUACCAAUCCGUCAAAAUGUGCCUUAUCCAGUACCAAUAUUAAUUGCACAGCAAAACCCGCCAUCAAAUCAGCAAUCAAAUUUAAUUACAGCUUCCAGUCUCAAUAAUCUUCUACGUCAAUCAUCAAACGCUAGACCUUCAUCUUUGCCGAUAAAUCUUUCUGUAAGCGCUGGUAUUUCAUCCGAAAUACCAGCAAAUGCUCCACCUCAAGAUCUUCAAGGCAUUGAUCUUAGUAGUCUUUCUCAGUUAAAUUCACUUCAACAGCCUCCAGCUCCUCAAUCUUUACAAGGAAAUGGUCUUAGUCCUCUUGAGUCGCUCUGGGCUCCAGAAGAAUACAAUGACCUCUGGAAAAAAUAAUAAUAUCCUUCUUUAUUUGUAUGUGUACUGCCUAUAAAAUUUAAUUAUAAUUGUUACAAGUCAUAAAGUGUUAAUAAUUAUAUAUUAAAAUUAUUAAGCCAAAUAAUUACAAAAAUAAGUUUUUUACAAUUUUUUAUAACUAAAAUAGAUAUUGUGAAUGCAAAAACUUGAAAAAAAUAAAUAUAUAUUUUUUAAAUUAAUCAUACGAAGUAAAGUGUCCGUUUUCCCGCCUCCAGCGAUUAUCCAGCAUAUAUAUUUUUUUAUAUAUAAAAAUAAAUAGAAUUUUAUUGUACUUUCUUUGUAUCUUAAGAUUUUUUUUUUUUAAUUUUAUUCAUCAAACUGAGGACUAAGUACAUUACUCUGGAGAAAAUAUU